AUGACAUCCUUUCAACUCCUGGAUCUCAUGGGAUUUGAUAUUAGUUUCUCACGGAGCUUUGCUGAUUUGCUAAACAUGAUACCUUCUGUCCCAGAGCUCCAUUUGACAGAUUGUGGGCUUCAUAAUGCGCAUCUAUCUUCCGCUCAUCUUAAUUAUAGUACACUUUCUAACAUCCAACACCUGGAUCUUAGUAGCAAUUCAAUUGAGGGCAUAUUCCCGUCUGUUUUAACGAACAUGAGUUCCCUAAGAGUCCUUGACCUUUGGGGAAACAUGUUGAAUUCAUCAGUACCUAUUAUGCCUAAGCUCAUAGAGCUUGAUCUUUCUGAGAACAUGUUAAAGCAGAUUGAACAUGUUGGAAUCUGGAGACCAUGUCAACCGAAAAAAUUGAGUGUUUCAUUCAAUCAUUUUAGAGUAGAAAUGAUUCACUCGCUAAAAAAUGCAUCAGAAUGCACCAGAUAUUCUUUGGAGAGGUUGAGUUUAGAUUAUAGUUUGUAUGGUAGAAUUCCAGAAUCACUUGGUAGAUUGGACAACUUAAGAGAAUUAGAUCUAUCGAGUUGUGGAUUGAUAGGCCCAAUCCCCAAAUCUAUAACAAGGCUAAUAUUUUUAGAAGUAUUAGAUCUUUCCCAUAACAAGUUAACCGGUCCAAUUCCAGAAUCUCUCCGAAGACUUGUUUCAUUACAAGCCAUUUUGUUGACUUCAAAUAGAUUAAACGGGACUAUUCCAGUGUCAAUUUCACAACUUCCAAAACUCCAUUCUCUAGAUGUCUCUAACAAUUUUCUAGAUGGAUUAGUUUCUGAAGCUCAUUUUGCUAACCUUUCAAUGUUGAAGCACUUGGAUACUUCUUCUAACACUGGGUUAACUUUCAACGUUUCACAUGGGUGGAUAUAUUCAGUAUUGGCAAUAUAG